GAGGAGCAGUUUGCAAACAGAGCCCCCAGCGCGGCCGGCCCGGGCUCUGCGGCGGCGACGGCGGCGCCCCUCCUCAGGAUGCCGGCCGGGGAGGCGGCCCAGGUCCAGGCCCAGGUACUGACCUCUACUGUGGUGUUGAGCCUCUUCUUGACUCUGCCUAGUUUUAUAGAAUUAUUUGAAGCAUGCAUAUGAAAAAAUAAGUGCAACUGAUCACUUUUAAUGCAAAACAUCAGAAAAAGUAAUUGAAGAAAUCUUAUUCCAUCACCAAAAGAACCAGUGAAUGCAUCUUCUAUGGUGUGUGAAUACAGCUAAAGCAAAACUUGUUUUGUUUGUGACAAGAAAACCUUUCCUGCAGUAGUCUCCAGGUUCAUCAUAUUUGUGUGUAUACGGGUGGAGAACCUCAUAAGUGCCCUUAUUUUGACUAGAGAACAACCUGAGAAGAACAGACUUCACUUUAAAACGCCUAACUGGGAACCUACCACAAGAAACAUGCCAACACAGCCCCUUUUGGCAUAUAUGGAGGGACCGGAUGGUAUAGCCAGUACUGUUGGUGCCCAGAUGGAAAGUAACGAUGCUUCAAUGCCAAUAAAAGGAACCAACACCAUUUCUUACAAAGGCUUGCAAGAAAAGUUCCUAAUGCAAGCUGAAGGAUGCAUGCCUUUGGAUUGCAUGUUUUGUGAUCAGACAUUUAAACACUCUGAAGAACUUGGUAAACAUGUCUUAACUCAACAUAGGCCUACGCUUUGUGAACCAGCAGUUCUGCGUGUGGAAGCAAAAUAUCUUAGCCAUCUUGAUAAAUGUCAAGUGAGAACAGACUGUCCUCCAUCAAAUAGUGAGAAGGAUAAUGAAGAAUUUAGCUGUGAAGUUUGUGGACAAACAUUUGAUGAGGCUUUUGAUGUUGAGACCCAUAUGAAAAAACAUAAGGAUUCUUUCACAUAUUGGUGUAAUGUAUGUGGCAGAAGAUUUAAAGAGCCUUGGUUUCUCAAAAAUCACAUGAGAACACAUACUGGUAAACCUGGUUCGAGAAACAAGCUUCAGCAAGGUUCUGAAUGCCCAAUAACAAUAAAUGAGGUGGUGCAGGAGCAUGUAACUGAAAAUGUAAUAUCACCUUACAAAAUCUGCAUGGUUUGUGGUUUCCUAUUUCUCAACAAAGAGACUCUAAUUGAGCACAGUAAAGUGCACACCAAAGAAUCUGUGUCCAGUGGUGAUAAUCCACAAGUCCUUGAUGGAGCCAAUAAAGAUGGAAUGUAUUCACGGGAUCAGUUUCUGCAGUUUUUGGACUUAAGGCCAAACUUGACUUCAGAAAACAGCAAAUUGCAAAAACCUGUGAAAUGGAUAGCUGAGCUAGAUCCAUUCAAUACAUAUCAAGCAUGGCAGCUAGCCACCAAAGGGAAAGUUGCAGUUGGCCAUGGACAGAUCAAAGAACCAGGGCAAGAAGGAAGUACUGACAAUGAUGAUUCAUCUUCUGAUAAAGAAGAACCUGGUGAAAUUUGGAAUGCAAAUAAAAAUAACCAGGUUAGCCAGACAGAAACUACAGGGAAGUCAAAGGUAAAUAAAAGCAGUUAUACAGGAACUGGUAUCGUGUCUCAAGACAAAGUGAAACAUCCCAGUGGAGAAGUGCCUUCUAUGGAAGUGGAAUCUAAAUUGUCACAAAACAAAGAUAAACCAACGCACUGCUCAGUGUGUGGCAAAGCCUUUAGAACCUACCAUCAACUUGUCCUGCAUUCGAGAGUACAUAAAAAAGACAGGAGGAGUGAUGGAGAAACUUCAGCCACCACCAGAACAUGCUGUACAGAUGUGAUUGUAACUUUGGAUGAAAAUGGAGCAGUAGAGCGAACAGAGGGAGGCUCUGAAGACGGCUCUGAAGAUGGACUUACAGAGGCCCUUCAUUUAGAUAAGAAUGAAGAUGUCCUGGAAAGAACAAAAGUUAAAAACCUUGGAGCCUCCAGAGAAUGCAGCUACUGUGGAAAAUAUUUCCGCUCAAAUUAUUACCUCAAUAUUCAUCUCCGAACUCAUACAGGUGAGAAACCAUACAAAUGUGAAUUUUGUGAGUAUGCAGCAGCCCAGAAAACUUCAUUAAGGUAUCACUUAGAGAGGCAUCACAAGGACAAGCAGGCUGAUAUUGCAACAGAUGUGAAAAAUGAUAGCAAAGUUUCGUUACAAAGUCAGGAGACAGAUCUUUUGCUGGCUGCUGAUGGUGCUCAAGAAACCAAAAAUUUGAAAAGGUGUAUCGAUGGUGCCAAAGAUGCUGAAGGCUGCCCACCUGUAAAGCAACACAAAGGGAUUGCUUCCUUUCAGAGUGUACUGGGCAGUGCAGUCCGUUUGACCGUGAAAUAUGAUACUCAGGAAUCAAACAAAGGUGCAGAUUGUAAUAGCUCAAAUCAAAUGAAUGAGAAUGCAUCCAGUCCUUCUCUGGAAAAGCUAAAAGCAGAGAACAAAGCAGUGGAGUCCCAGACAAAUGAUCUUUGUAAAAGAGGGAAAGAGACUCCUGAGGCAUCAGAAGAUGAUGUCCAGUACGUUCGUGCUUUAAAGAAUGGAAAUAACACGGAUGAAAUGCGAGGAAACACAGAAAACUGCAAAUAUAAACAUACAGUGGACUCUCAAGAAAAGCCAUUAAAUUUAUCUCUUGGGACUUCACAAGAAUGUUCAGUGAUCUCAACUAGAGGCUUGUUAGCAACCAGCACCUGUCCAUUUUGUACUUACCGAACUUUUUAUCCAGAGGUCUUAAUGAUGCACCAGAGGCUGAUGCACAAGUACAAUCCUGAUGCUGUUAACAAAAACGGUUACAGAAAUAAGGCUGUGGCCAGGGCCAGACGUACUGGGUGCCCUCCAGCCCUUCUUGGUAAAGAUGUGCUUCCCCUGUCAUUUAAUUCUAGUAAAAGGAAGGCUUCCCUGUCUACUCAGCCAAAAUUGUUGCAAACAGGAAAGGCUAAACAGUGUCCCUGUCUACAGAGCAAAGUCCCUGUGUUUCCAUUGUCUGACUCCAGCAGUUCUGCUCCAAGUAACUUGAAGGCUUUUAAACCACAGAAUAAUAUUGCAGCUCAGGCGAGUAGCUAUAGACAACCACAGCAGGAAAUGCACUCAAAUCCUAGUAUCUCUUCUGCAGUGGACAGGAUGAAAAGGCCUGAACUGAGAGUAAAAGCUCCAAGUAUCUCAGCUUCUCAACCUGUAAACAGCAGUGUCAAUGGCUCGCUUGACUGUCCCCUUAGCGAAUCUGCCUGGCCCAGUCAUCGAGGAAGGGAUUAUCUCUGUAAUAGAUCAGCAGGUAACAUAAACUUAGAAUAUGGAGAGCCAUCUUCUAAAAGAGCAAAACCUAAUCUGUUAGGUAUUGAACACUUUGACCCUGCAGUGGCCAAUUACAGAAGAUAUGGAAUGAACCGAUUUCGUGUUGCAAACAGAUAUGCAAAUAUGUUACCUCAGGAAUGCUCUCACACCAAACCUGCAUCCCCUGUUUUGCCAACCAAACAAGGGCUUCUGAACUCAGAUGAAGUUGAGUCUCCUAAUGUACUGACUGUUCUAAAACCCUAUGAGCCAUAUAGUCCUGCAUCACUUUACAGUUCUUGUGGACCUAGCAAUGGCCAAGCAACUAGCUCUUCAAUAGAAGGAAGGAGGCCAGUAGCGUACCAGCACCUGUCAAACAGCAUGCUACAGAAACGAAAUUACGAGAGUCUUAUUGGCAAUGCACACUUCCGACCAAAUGACAAGAAAACUUGAUUGUUUACUUUGUGAGAAGGUCUGAGGACUCAAAUACAUAUUCUGUGGAGUUAUAAUUUGCAGUUCAUCCCUUGAGAAAAAUGAAUGGUGAAAGCUACUGAACUAAGCUGUGAUUGUACUGUAUAUAAAAACACUACAGUUUUAUAAUAUUGGUUCUGUUAACAUUUGUACCAAAUAGCCAUAAAAAUUGUAGUCUGAACAAUUGGAUUAUGAAGUGUGGAGAAUGUAUAUUUCAAUGUUAACCUUGAGUAAUAUUUUUCUUUAGAAUUAAUUGACCAAAUAUUAGGUAGGAAUUUAUAUUUUUACAUACUUGAGCUGCUGAAAGAGAGAUCCUCUUUUGAAAAAUAUAUAAUCCUUGCACCUCAGGUAAAGUUUGUAAAUAACCAAGUUGAAAUCCUGUUGGUUUAAAUACUGCUCCUUUUUUUCCCCUAAAGGUUGCAGUGUCUCAUAUUGUGUGUGUUCUGUUAAACUAUGUUAGUUUUUAAACAGCUUCCAAAUGAAUUAUAUGAUCUUAAAUUCUGAACAUCCUAACUAAGGUGCUGACUUUCUGCUGUGCUCCUUGCCUAUGCUAGGACCUUUAAUCUAGAAGCAAAAUUUGCUUCCCUUAUUGAUAAUUUCAACAUGUUAUCUGUAAUAGCAAGGGAGAAGCAGUAUCUGUCACUUUGUCAGGCCCUUUCAUAGUGUUCUUGGAAUACAGGCAGAAUCCUCUCUUUGCAUGAAGCUUGCUGAUGAUAUUGGUCGAGAGCCUCUUAGAUGAACAUCUCCAGCAACAGACAGACUUUUAGCAGAAUGUACAUAGGACUCGCAUGAAAAAUAGGAAAUGUCACACUGAAGAAUUCAGAUGUCGGAUUUUUUUCUUGUUGUUUUUGUUUUUCACCAAACUCAAUACACUUUCAUUGGGGGGGGGAGAGGGGGGAGCGGGAAUCUUUGCACCUUUUGUCCAGACUAGAAAAUAACAAAUAAUACAGUCUUUCAGGUAGGAUCUACAGCUGCUGUCACCUCCACCUUUUCUUUUCUUUUUCUUUAUUUUUUUUUUAAAAGGGAGAUAGCUUAUGCUAUGGCCUGUUUGACUGUGUUUGGAAGCUUCUUGGUAUCUGUUGCUUACAUCUUAGUCCCAAACUCUGAGAUGUUUGAAAUUUUACUAAGGAAUAGUCUGUUGAUGGGGAGAAUUUUUCUUCUUUUUGUGAAGGCAAAACGUUUUUUAUUUUUUUUUUUCCUCUAAUGCACAUGCAAUUUACAUUUUUAAAGGGAGGAUGGCCAGUUACCAGCCAGUAAAGCUGAAAUGAAUAUUUUGACAUUAUGUUCCUUAUUGGUUUUCAUAAAGCUUCCAGUUAAAGACUUGCUCCUUCUGUACCCGGUUCUGACUUCUGUAUAUUUUAGUAAAAAAAAAAAUUUAAAAAAUAUUUUGCACUGUUCAUUUUGCUCUUUUCUUCAAAUAGCAAAUGUAAAAUAGCAACCCCAGAAAUUUGUGUUUCCAUUAUGCAACUUGAGACAUUCUAGUUGUAUGUCUUAGUUCCUGUAAUUUAAAUGGGACCUAAUUUUAAUGUCUCUGUAAACUGGCAAUGUAAUGAAGUGCUGUGUAUCAGGAAAUUGUACACUAUUUACCUUUUUUCCUGUUCAUAAGCUGAGCCAUAUGUACAUAAUCUAGAUUUUUUUCCCCCUAGUUUUGCACUUUUAUAGCCUAUUUUUUUGAAGAUAAACUCACUUGGAAAAUGGUUAAUCUAUUUUUUCUGUCUGAUCUUUCAAUGAGUCUUAUAGAAUGCAUGCUGUAACUAUCAUCUAUACAUCUUACUGGGGUAUAUGAUAAGACAUGCACAGGGCUGCAGUAAUGUAAAACCUAAUUGCAAAACUGUUAAAGAAUCUUCCUUCUUGCUGGUACAAUUUAUUUCCUAAAGUUUUCUGGCCUUUCGUCAGAUCUCUUGGGAACAUAUUGGAGAACAACAUGCCAUCGAGACUUUUCCAUAUCAUGGAAAUUGCAGCCCUGUAGUUCAAAGUAGACUUUUGCCCAUCAGUAUUAACUAUUGGGAUACUACUGGUUUUGUAUGUUUCUUUGGAGAUAACAGUGCAUAUAUAGAGGUACAAGUUGUUGAUUUUUUUUUAUAUGUAUUUAUUUCAUUCCAUUUUGUUUUAAUUGUUGAAACCUUAAGUUGUCAAGCAGUAGACACACAUUACUCAUUUAAUUUAUGAUGUAUUUCACUUCAGUUGACUAUGUUAUUACAUGUGGAUGUAAAUAUAGAUUUGGUGUUUUGCAAA